UCAAAUCCCCACAAAAUCUCAUUUCCCCCAAAAUCCCCAAAAUGCCCCAACUCGCCGAGGCCUACGCCUGCGUGCCGUCGACGGAGCGCGGCCGGGGGAUCCUGAUCUCCGGCGAUCCCAAAUCCAACCGGCUCCUCUACACCAAUGGCAGAUCCGUGAUCAUCAUGAACCUCGACAACCCUCUCGACGUCGCCGUCUACGCGGAGCACGCCUACCCGGCCACCGUCGCCAGAUUCUCCCCCAACGGCGAGUGGAUCGCGUCCGCCGACGUCUCCGGCACCGUCAGGAUCUGGGGGACCCACAACGAUUUCGUCCUCAAGAACGAGUUCAAGGUCCUCUCGGGUCGGAUCGACGACCUCCAGUGGUCCGCCGACGGAAUGAGGAUCGUCGCCUGCGGCGAAGGCAAAGGGAAGUCGCUUGUCCGCGCCUUCAUGUGGGAUUCUGGGUCUACUGUGGGGGAUUUCGAUGGGCAUUCGAAACGGGUUUUGAGCUGUUGUUUCAAGCCAACCAGACCCUUUCGCAUUGUCACAUGCGGUGAGGAUUUCCUGGUCAAUUUCUAUGAAGGGCCUCCUUUCAAAUUCAAGCAGUCUCACAGGGAUCACUCGAAUUUUGUGAACUGUGUAAGGUACUCUCCAGAUGGGAGUAAGUUUAUCACUGUAAGCUCAGAUAAGAAGGGUCUUAUGUUUGAUGGGAAGACUGCGGAGAAGAUCGGAGAGCUUUCAUCCGAAGAUGGCCACAAAGGCAGCAUUUAUGCUCUUAGCUGGAGUCCUGAUGGCAAACAGAUUCUGACUGUGUCCGCUGACAAGUCGGCGAAAGUAUGGGAUAUAUGUGAGGAUGGUAAUGGGAAGGUGAAUAAAACAUUGACAUGUCCUGGAUCAGGUGGAGUGGAUGACAUGCUUGUUGGCGGCCUAUGGCAGAAUGAUCAUAUAGUUACUGUUUCACUUGGAGGCAUGAUCAGUAUAUUCUCAGCAAGUGACCUUGAUAAAACCCCAAUAUCGCUAUUUGGACACAUGAAGAAUAUUACUUCAUUGGCUGUCCUAAAGAAUGACCCAAAACUUAUAUUGUCUACCAGCUAUGAUGGUCUAAUUGUUAAGUGGGUUCAAGGCGUUGGAUAUAGUGGAAAAUUACAAAGGAAGGAGACUUCUCAAAUAAAAUGUUUUGCAGCUGUUGAAGAAGAAAUUGUUUCAUCUGGAUUUGACAAUACGGUGUGGAGAGUUCCAUUACAGGGUGAUCAAUGUGGAGAUGCAGAAUCUGUUGAUGUUGGUAGUCAGCCGAAGGACAUAAGCCAUGCUCUUCAGUCUCCUGAACUUGUUUUGGUUUCAAUUGAUUCAGGAGCUGUCUUGCUUCGUGGCAGCAAAGUAGUGUCAACUAUUAACCUUGGGUUUACUGUCACAGCAUCUGCUAUUGCACCAGAUGGUAGUGAAGCUAUCAUUGGUGGGCAGGAUGGCAAACUGCAUAUAUAUUCUAUAGCAGGUGAUACACUUACGGAAGAGGCUGUACUAGAGAAACAUCGGGGUGCUAUCAGUGUCAUACGUUACUCUCCAGAUGUUUCAAUGAUUGCAUCAGGAGAUUUGAACCGAGAAGCUGUCAUCUGGGAUCGUGCCUCCCGAGAGGUCAAGCUUAAGAAUAUGUUGUACCAUACUGCUCGAAUAAACUGCCUUGCUUGGUCUCCCGAUAACAGCAUGGUUGCUACUGGAUCACUUGACACAUGUGUCAUUAUAUAUGAAGUUGACAAGCCUGCAUCCAGCCGUGUAACCAUCAAGGGUGCUCAUUUGGGCGGGGUGUAUGGGAUAGCUUUCACCGAUGAGCACACAGUCGUAAGCUCUGGCGAGGAUGCCUUUGUUCGUGUGUGGAGGUUGACUCCACAAUAGAGAAUUUGUAGGCUUUCUGGAGGUUAUCAAACCAACAAUGAAGAAGUUGAUGGAUUUCCUGGUUAUUUGCGAGUUUACCCUGUAAGGGUGAGAAGGAUUGCAGUUUGGAGUUGUUUCUACUUGCUAUUUAUAAAAAGUUGGUGGAUUUCAAAUGUGAUGUUUGUUUCUUGUAUGUCUAGUUUGGUCAUUGAAUUUUGCAAAGGUUUGAAGAGAUAUCUUGGCUUUGUAAACCUCCAGAGUUUUGAACCAUAGAAGCCAUUGAGUGGUAGCUGCAGGACAGCAAUCUAGAUCCUUGACAUGACGAUCAAUGCAGAAGUAGAAGAUCAAACUGAAUUUCAGAUGUAUCCCUUUUCCGUUUUCUCCCUUUCAAUGAAACUUUUCUUUCCUGGG